GUAACGGCUGGGUACAAAGUCUACAGAAAGUGGUGUUCAGAAGUUGAUAGUUUAUGAUUGUAAGAUGCCUGCGGAAAAGCGAAAAGUGAGCUCUAAAAAGCUGCCAGAUGCAAAGGGAAAGAAGAAACGUGAUUUGAAUGAGGAAACUGGAAAUUCUGACGUGGAUGCACACCAGAAAAUUCAAGAUGAAAAGAAUGGUCCCUCGGCCAAGUACAGGUCUACAGGCCGAAGGAUCCUCAUCAGGCUCUCAACCAUUGCAGUACUCCUGGUGGGUGCUCAUCUUUACUUUGGCCAAGGACAGAGCGUCCUGAUACCAUUGGCCAAACAGACAGAGACCCUCCCUGCUAAAUUUAUCUACGUCAAAUGUUCAGAGGACUUUGAAGCAGACAGGGCAAAGUUUCCAGAAUGUGCACCCAAGUUAUGUGGCCGAGGCGUGAUGGAUACUAUUGUUUCAGAAAAAGAAGCCAAACAGCUUGUAGAAGUUGCCAAGAAAGGAUUAUCGUAUGGAGGAUCCAAUGGAGGAGCAUCUAUUCUAGACCUUCAUUCUGGCGCUCUGUCAAAAGGAGAUUCUUUCAUCAAUAUUUACCAAUACAUCGAGCAAAAAAAUCUAGGAAAUGUGUUCAGUUCCGAGGAUAUAAGGCUGUACAGGAAAGUAGCGGAUAAGAUCAAAGUUGCUAUCUCAGCUCGGUUCCAGAUCCCUGGCCAGAAGAUCUACCUGACCCAUCCUACAUUUUUCUCCAGGAUGAACAGCAAGAAAGCCAAGACACUCCAUGAUGAAUACUGGCAUCCCCAUGUUGAUAAGAAAACCUACGAGACAUUUGACUACACAUCCCUGCUCUACCUGACAGACUAUGACGUCGAUUUUAAAGGAGGACGCUUUGUAUUCAUUGAUGAUAAAGCAAAUUCAACCGUUGAACCAAAAUUAGGUCGCUUGUCAUUUUUCACAUCUGGCUCCGAGAACACACACUUCGUAGAGAAAGUCACGAGUGGAACGCGAUAUGCCAUCACUGUCUCUUUCACCUGCGACAAGAAGCAUGCUAUCCAGUAUCCGAAAAUGGGCAGCUAAUCAUCUGACCAAUCACAUGACCUUACAACUCACCGAAAGCAAUAAAUCGCCUGGGGCUCAGUAGCUGGGUAUUUUUUAUCCUUAUUAUUAUUAUAAAUGAAGAAGUCUUUUCAUAUCAUCUUCUUGAAGCCAGAAAGGGUAUAAACUCAUAUGAUUUGACCCUGAGUCGAUGCCCUUUUGACUCUAAACAGACAGUAUGCCAUCCCCCCACCCCCCCCCCUCCCCCUCCCCCUCCCCAUUCUAAUCACCAUCUCUUCUUUCAUUCUUCUAAUUAUGUUGCUAAAUUUGUAUGGACUUCAUACUUUUUUACCUUGGCACAUAUUCUAUUUGCAUACAUAUUUUGUGCCAUAUGUUUGUCUAAUAAUUGACAUUUAGAUGUGA